AUACUCAAUAUGAUGAAGUCUUUGCACGUCACAGUAAUCCCCAUACAUGUAAAAGUAUGCAUACUAGUGGGGAUCGCUUUGAAUAUAACCAGAAUAGUAAUGCCUUUGCAUAUGAUAGUCAUUUCCUAAGAUAUAAAAGGAUACAUAUAGAAGAGAAACCUCAUAAAUGUAACGAAUCCGGCAAAGCCUUUGCAUUUAACAGUGAUCUAAAAUAUAAAAGAACUGACACUGGAGAGAAACCUUAUGAAUGUAACCAAUGUGGUAAAGCCUUUGCACAGAAUAGUCUUCUGGUAGUACAUAAAAGAACUCACACUGGAAAGAAACAUAAAUGUAACCAAUGCGGUAAAUCUUUUGUACGUAACAGUCAUCUACUGAUACAUAAAAGAACUCACACUGGAGAGAAACCUCAUGAAUGUAACCAAUGUGGUAAAGCCUUUGCAUGUAACAGUGAUCUCCUAAAACAUAAAAGAACUCAUACUGGAGAGAAACCUUAUGAAUGUAACCAAUGUGAUAGAGCCUUUGCAUGGAGCAGUCAUCUGGUAGUACAUAAAAGAACUCACACUGGAGAGAAACUUUAUGAAUGUAAUCAAUGUGGUAAAGCCUUUUUACGUAACAGUCAUCUCCUGCUACAUAAAGGAAUUCACACUGGAGAGAAACCAUACAAAUGUAACCAAUGUUGUAAAUCCUUUGCACGUAACAGUAGUCUCCUAAUACAUAAAAGAACUCACACUGGAGAGAAACCUCAUGAAUGUAGCCAAUGUGGUAAAGCCUUUGCACAGAUCAGUACUCUCCUAAUACAUAAAAGAACUCACACUGGAGAGAAACCUUAUGAAUGUAACCAAUGUAGUAAAGCCUUUGUACGUAACAGUAAUCUCCUGCUACAUAAAAGAACACACACUGGAGAGAAACCUUAUAAAUGUAACUUAUGUGAUAAAGCCUUUGCACAGAACAGUCAUCUCCUACUACAUAAAAGAACUCACAUUCGAGAGAAACCUUAUGAAUGUAACCAAUGUGGUAAAGCCUUUGCAGACAACAGUGUUCUCUUAAAACAUAAAAGAACUCAUACUGGAGAGAAACCUUAUGAAUGUAACCUAUGUGGUAAAGCCUUUGCACAGAACAUAUCUAAUAAAAGAACUCACACUGGAGAGAAACCAUAUGAAUGUAACCAAUGUGGUAAAGCCUUUUCAUGUAACAGUAAUCUCGUAAUACAUAAAAGAACUCACACUGGAGAGAAACCUUAUGAAUGUAACCAAUGUGGUAAAGUCUUUGCAGAUAACAGUGUUCUCAUAAGACAUAAAAGAACUCAUACUGGAGAGAAACCUUAUGAAUGUAACCGGUGUGGUAAUAAAGCCUUUGCACGCAACAGUAGUCUCCUAAUACAUAAAAGAACUCACACUGGAGAGAAAACUUAUGAACGCAACCAACGUGGUAAAUCCUUUGCAUGGAACUGUCAUCUGGUAGUACAUAAAAUAACUCCCACUGGAGAGAAACCUUUUGAAUGUUCCCAAUGUGAUAAAGUCUAUGCAUUUCAGUAUACUCUCUGAAAAUCUAAAAGAACAUACCUUAGAGGAAAAUCUUAUGAAUGUAAUCUGCGUGGCACCACCUUUGUACAAGACAGUCAUCUCCUAAGACAUAAAAAUGCAUGUUGCAGAAAAUUCUUAUGAAUAUAAUCAAUGUCAGAAAGCCUUUUCGUGUAAGAGUCAUCUUGAACAAGAACACCUACUGGAGUGAAACCCUAUGAAUUCCACCAACGCGCCAAAGCAUUUGCAUUCCAUAAUAAUCUCCAUGUACAUAGAAGAAUACACACUAGAGAAAAACUAUGAAUGUGACCAAUGUGAUAAAGCCUUUUGUUGUAAUAUUAAUCUCAUAUGAUAUAAAGAACACAUACUGGAGAGAAACCUUAUGAAUAUAACCAGUCUGGUAAAACUUGCUCUUCACAAUCAUCUUGAAUGUCAUGAAAGAAUUCAUAUUGGACAGAAAGACUGUCAGUGUAUUUAACAUGGUGAAGCUCUUCCACAUUUGUAUAGUCAUCAUCAUGAAAGAAUUCAUACUGGAGAGACAUUAUGAAUGUUUUAAAAUGUGAGGCCUUUGUACAUAUCUACAUUUUUCAUCAUCCUAAAAGUUUCAUAAUGGAGAGAAAUUCUGAGAAAAAGCACAUUUUUAAGAGGUGCAGCUGAGGCGCACUAUGAUAAUGUGGCCUUGACAUGCAGAAUAUUUCCUCAAGUGUUUCACACCUUUCUUCAGUAAAAGGUUUUCACAUGUUCUCUUUACAAAAUAAUUAGAACCCUGUGUUUUUCCACAACUCUGCCCUGUGGAUCUUUUGUAGUUUCUCCUUCCUUCUUUGAUUUAUUUUGUUUUUAACCCAUUAAGAAUUUCUUUUAAUGGAGAUUUAAAAAAUGAAAUAAAAUGAAUUUUCA